GGAGAGUUCAAAAGAACAGAUGCUCAGAAAAGACUGCUUUCUGUUGGAUGACGGCAUGAUGUUGAGUUUCAUUUUAGUGGCUGUUUAUAAUCAUUGUAGAGAAGAAUACUGAACUUCAAAAAAAAAAUGUUAGAAACUAUAGACAAAAAUCGGGCCCUGCAGGCAGCAGAGCGUUUGCAAGCCAAGCUAAGAGAACGUGGAGAUAUAGUAAAUGAAGACAAAUUGAACCUUCUGAAGUCGGUUUUGCAGAGUCCACUCUUCACUCAGAUUCUGAACCUCCAGACUUCUGUACAGCAGCUGAAAGACCAGGCAAGCAUUACAGGUUCUGCAAUUUCAAAUAUUGACUAUGCCCACGUCCCCCCUAUUGGCCCAGCUGUAAUUCCUGCUCUGCAAAAUGAAACCUUUUUAUCUUCCCUAAAUAAUGGAAAUCUGGAAGCACCAACAAGAUCUGGUUCUCCGUACAUCAGUGGGAAACCUGCUUGUGAUGAAUUUGAUCAACUGAUAAAAAACAUGGCCCAGGGUCGCCAUGUAGAAAUUUUUGAACUUCUCAAACCUCCUUGUGGGGGCCUCGGUUUUAGUGUUGUGGGACUAAGAAGUGAAAACCGGGGAGAAUUGGGAAUAUUUGUGCAAGAGAUCCAAGAGGGCAGUGUGGCUCACAGAGAUGGAAGAUUGAAGGAAACUGAUCAAAUCCUUGCAAUCAAUGGCCAGGCACUUGAUCAGACAAUCACACAUCAGCAGGCUAUCAGCAUCCUGCAGAAAGCCAAAGAUAACGUCCAGCUAGUUAUUGCAAGAGGCUCAUUGCCUCAGAUCAUUAGUCCCAUCAUUUCCCGUUCUCCAUCUGCAGCCAGUACAGUGUCAGCUCACUCUAAUCCGGUUCACUGGCAACAUGUGGAAACUAUUGAGUUGGUGAAUGAUGGAUCUGGUCUGGGAUUUGGGAUUGUAGGAGGAAAAUCAACUGGUGUGAUUGUAAAAACUAUCCUGCCUGGCGGAGUAGCUGAUCAGCAUGGACGAUUGUGUAGUGGAGACCACAUUUUAAAGAUUGGUGACACAGAUCUAACAGGAAUGAGCAGUGAACAAGUAGCACAAGUACUCAGACAAUGUGGAAAUAGAAUUAAAUUGAUGAUUGCAAGAGGUGCUAUAGAAGAACCAACCACAUCCACCUCUCUGGGCAUUGCCCUUUCCUCAUCCCCAUCAUCUACUCCAGAGAUGCGGGUCGAUGCUUCUACUCAGAAAAGUGAAGAAAGUGAGACAUUUGAUGUUGAACUCACUAAAAAUAUCCAAGGAUUAGGAAUUACUAUUGCUGGUUACAUUGGAGAUAAAAAAUUAGAACCUUCAGGAAUCUUUGUAAAGAGCAUUACAAAGAGCAGUGCUGUUGAACAUGAUGGAAGAAUCCAAAUUGGAGACCAAAUUAUAGCAGUGGAUGGCACAAACCUUCAGGGUUUUACUAAUCAGCAGGCAGUAGAAGUGUUGAGACACACAGGACAAACCGUGCACCUGACACUGAUGAGAAGAGGAAUGAAGCAAGAAGCUGAGCUCCCUUCAAGGGAGGACAUUACAAAAGAUAUGGUUUUAUCUCCUGUUGAUGUCAGCAUAAGUACAGAAAACCAUGAAAAAGAUGAAGACUCUUUAUCUUUGAGGAGAAGCACCAGCAUAUUACCAAUUGAAGAAGAAGGGUAUCCACUGCUGUCUGCUGAGAUAGAAGAGGUAGAAGAUGUACAGCAGGAGUCUGCUUUGCUGACAAAGUGGCAAAGGAUUAUGGGGAUUAAUUAUGAAAUAGUGGUGGCCCACGUGAGCAAAUUCAGUGAAAACAGUGGGUUGGGGAUAAGUCUGGAAGCAACAGUGGGGCAUCAUUUUAUUCGAUCUGUUCUACCAGAAGGUCCUGUUGGACACAGUGGGAAGCUUUUCAGUGGAGAUGAACUUUUGGAAGUGAAUGGCAUAACUUUGCUUGGGGAAAAUCACCAAGAUGUGGUGAAUAUUUUAAAAGAAUUGCCAAUAGAAGUGACAGUGGUGUGUUGCCGCCGAACUGUGCCCCCCUCCUCCCAAUCAGAAUUAGAUAGCCUGGACUUAUGUGAUAUUGAAUUAACUGAAAAGCCUCAUGUAGAUCUAGGUGAGUUCAUUGGAUCCUCAGAGACAGAGGAUCCUGUGCUGGCAGUGCCUGAUGUGGAAGAAGUACAAGGACCUUUGGCCAUGUGGGAGGCUGAUAUUCAGCACAUUGAGUUGGAAAAAGGGAGCAAAGGACUUGGGUUUAGCAUUUUAGAUUAUCAGGAUCCAGUUGAUCCAGCAAGCACCGUGAUUGUAAUUCGUUCUCUGGUGCCCAGUGGCAUUGCUGAAAAGGAUGGACGACUUCUUCCUGGAGAUCGACUUAUGUUUGUCAAUGAUACUAACUUGGAAAAUAGCAGUCUUGAAGAAGCUGUCCAGGCGCUGAAGGGUGCACCACCAGGGGUUGUGAGAAUAGGAGUUGCCAAGCCUUUACCUCUUUCACCAGAAGAAGGUUAUGUUUCUGCUAAAGAGGAGUCCUUUCUCUACCUGCCACACUCCUGCGAGGAGAGACUGGCUGACAAAGCCUUCUUCAGGGCUGACUUGGCUCUGGUGGACACAAAUGAUGACUUAGCAGAUGAAUCUACAUUUGAGUCUCAGUAUUCUCCUGAUAAUGACAGCAUCUACUCCACUCGAGCCUCCAUUUUCUCUCUUCAUGGCAGUGCCUCUAGUGACGGCCUGAACUAUGGUCCCUCCAUUCCAUCUUCUCCUCUCAAGGAUAUUGCUGAAAAUUCUUCAGAUCCAGUACUUGAUCUGCACAUGUCCUUAGAGGAACUGUAUAACCAAAAUCUCCUACAAAGACAGGAUGAGAGUCCUCCUUCAGUAGAGUUGAACAUGGGGCCUGCUUCUGGCUUUUCCUUGAAUGAUUAUGUACCUGCACAUGCUAUUGAGCAAUAUAAAUGUGAAAACACAACAGUGUGGAAUGAACCUCACCUACCAAAUGAAGUCAUAUCAAGCACAGAGCUUACUUCUGUACUCCCUGACUCAGUUGGAAAGGGCUCCGAAUUCUUCAUUCAGCAGAGUUCCCUGGCUUCUACUGCUGAGUGUGUCAUGCUUCAAAAUUUAUCUAAAGAGUCAUUCGAGAGAACUAUUGCUGUAGCGAAAGGCAAUUCGAGCCUGGGGAUGACAGUAAGUGCUAAUAAAGAUGGACUGGGGAUGAUUGUUCGAAGCAUUAUUCAUGGAGGUGCCAUUAGUAGAGAUGGUCGAAUUUCUGUUGGAGACUGCAUCUUAUCUAUUAAUGAAGAAUCUACUGUCAGUUUAAACAAUGCCCAGGCAAGAGCCAUGCUGAGAAGACAUUCUCUCAUUGGACCUGACAUAAAAAUUACUUAUGUGCCCACAGAACAUUUGGAGGACUUCAGAGUAAGUUUGGGACAACAAUCUAGAGGAAUAAUGGCAUUGGAUAUUUUUUCUUCAUAUGCUGGCAGAGACAUUCCAGAUCUACCGGAGCGAGAAGAAGGAGAGGGAGAAGAGAGUGAACUUCAAAAUGCAGCAUACAGCAAUUGGAAUCAGCCCAGACGGGUUGAACUUUGGCGAGAACCAAGCAAGUCUUUGGGCAUCAGCAUUGUUGGUGGAAGAGGGAUGGGAAGUCGUCUAAGCAAUGGUGAAGUGAUGAGGGGCAUUUUCAUCAAACAUGUUCUUGAAGAUAGUCCAGCUGGCAAAAAUGGAACUUUGAAACCUGGAGAUAGAAUAGUAGAGGUGGAUGGAAUGGACCUCAGAGAUGCAAGCCAUGAACAAGCUGUGGAAGCCAUUCGGAAAGCAGGCAACCCCGUAGUCUUUAUGGUACAGAGCAUUAUAAACAGACCAAGGAAAUCCCUUUUGCCUUCCUUGCCGCACAACCUUUACUCUAAGUUCAACUUCAGCAGCACUAACCCAUUUGCUGACUCUCUACCGUACAAGGCUGACAAGGAAUUACAGAAUUCAAGUAGAGUUCUCUUCCAUUGUUCUCCAACUAACCCUUUUGCCCCUACACCAUUUAAGGUACCCAGUCAGUCAGAAUCAGAGCCAGGAAAGGCUCCACUGUGCAGUGUGCCUCUGCCCCCUCCCUCAGAAUUUGCAGAAAUGAACAGUCAUCAUGCACAGUCGUCUGUAAGUGAAAUCUCAGAAGAUGUCGACAAAGAGGAUGAGUUUGGUUACAGCUGGAAAAAUAUCAGAGAGCGUUAUGGAACCCUAACAGGCGAGCUGCAUAUGAUUGAACUGGAAAAAGGUCGGAGUGGCUUGGGCCUGAGCCUUGCUGGGAACAAAGACCGAUCCAGGAUGAGUGUCUUUAUAGUGGGUAUUGAUCCUAAUGGAGCAGCUGGAAAAGACGGUCGAUUACAGAUUGCAGAUGAGCUUCUAGAAAUCAAUGGUCAAAUUUUAUAUGGAAGAAGUCAUCAGAAUGCUUCAUCAAUUAUUAAAUGUGCCCCUUCUAAAGUAAAAAUAAUUUUCAUCAGAAAUAAAGAUGCAGUGAGUCAGAUGGCUGUAUGUCCUGGAAAUUCAGUCGAACCUUUGCCUUCUCCCUCAGAGAAUCUUCAAAAUAAGGAGGCUGAACCAAGUAUUCCUACUUCUGAUGCACCUGUGGACCUCAAUUUGUUUAAGAAUGUGCAAUAUCUGGAACUUCCCAAGGAUCAAGGGGGUUUGGGCAUUGCUAUCAGUGAAGAAGAUACACUCCACGGAGUCAUCAUAAAGAGUCUAACAGAGCAUGGGGUAGCAGCCAGGGAUGGACGACUCAAAGUUGGAGAUCAGAUCUUGGCUAUCGAUGAUGAAGUUGUUGUUGGCCAUCCUGUUGAAAAGUUUAUUAGCCUUUUGAAAACAGCAAAGACAUCAGUGAAACUUACUAUUUGUGCUGAGAAUCCAGAUUCUGCUUCAACCACUGGAGAAAAAAGGAACAGCUCCCAGUCUGCAAUGGCCCCUCCACCUGGCUCCCAGGAACCAGAGUCUGUCCGAAGUACUAGCAGAUCUUCAACACCAGCAAUCUUUGCUUCUGAUCCUGCAACCUGCCCCAUUAUCCCAGGGUGUGAAACAACAAUUGAAAUUUCCAAAGGGCGAACAGGACUGGGCUUGAGCAUUGUUGGAGGGUCUGACACUCUUCUGGGUGCUAUUAUUAUCCAUGAAGUUUAUGAAGAGGGAGCAGCAUGUAAAGAUGGAAGACUUUGGGCUGGAGAUCAAAUUUUAGAGGUGAAUGGAAUUGACUUGAGAAAGGCCACCCAUGAUGAAGCAAUAAAUGUCCUGAGACAGACACCACAAAGAGUGCGUCUCACUCUCUACAGAGACGAGGCUCCAUAUAAAGAGGAGGAUGUUUAUGACACCCUCACCAUUGAGCUGCAGAAGAAGCCAGGAAAAGGUCUGGGAUUAAGUAUUGUUGGCAAAAGAAAUGACACUGGAGUAUUUGUAUCAGACAUUGUCAAAGGAGGAAUCGCAGAUGCUGAUGGCAGACUGAUGCAGGGAGACCAGAUAUUAAUGGUGAAUGGAGAAGAUGUCCGUAAUGCCACUCAGGAAACUGUAGCUGCUUUGCUAAAGUGUUCCCUAGGCACAGUAACCUUGGAAGUUGGAAGAAUCAAAGCUGCCGCAUUUCAUUCGGAGAGGAGGCCUUCUCAAGUGAGCCAGAUGAGUGAAGGCAGCCUGUCAUCAUUCACUUUUCCACUUUGUGGAUCCAGUACCUCUGACUCACUGGAAAGUAGCUCAAAGAAGAAUGCACUGGCAUCAGAAAUACAGGGAUUAAGAACAGUUGAAAUAAAAAAGGGACCUACAGACUCAUUGGGAAUCAGCAUUGCUGGAGGAGUGGGCAGCCCGCUUGGAGAUGUUCCUAUAUUUAUCGCAAUGAUGCAUGCAAAUGGAGUUGCAGCUCAGACCCAGAAACUAAGAGUUGGAGAUAGGAUUGUCACAAUCUGUGGAACAUCCACUGAGGGGAUGACUCACACCCAAGCAGUUAACUUAUUGAAAAGUGCCCCUGGCUCCAUUGAAAUGCAGGUGGUUGCUGGAGGAGAUGUGAGUGUGGUCACAGGUCAUCAACAGGAACCUGCCAGUUCUGGACUUUCUUUCACUGGCUUGACAUCCAGUAGUAUAUUUCAGGAUGAUUUAGGACCUCCUCAAUGUAAGUCUAUUACUUUAGAUCGAGGACCAGAUGGUUUAGGCUUCAGUAUAGUAGGAGGAUACGGCAGCCCUCAUGGAGACUUACCCAUUUAUGUCAAAACAGUGUUUGCAAAGGGAGCAGCUUCCGAAGAUGGGCGUCUAAAAAGGGGUGAUCAGAUCAUUGCUGUCAACGGGCAGAGUCUAGAAGGGGUGACCCAUGAAGAAGCUGUCGCCAUCCUUAAGCGGACAAAAGGCACUGUCACUUUAAUGGUUCUGUCCUGAAUUUGCAGCCGGAAUUGAGCCAUCUGAACACCUCACUCAACCUCCCACUCUUUUGGGAGACUGGAGCUGCUCUUGUGGAAUAUGGAAUACUGUUCCCCUGCUGUUUUCUUUGGGAUCAUCAGAACUAUAGGGGAUAAUUCCCUUAAUUUAAGUUUGUUUUUCUCAUGUGGAAGUGAUUUUCUUUCUAACUACCUAGCAUCAUUUUCCAUUCCCCUUGAAGUUAGCAAACGCAAAAGUCAAAGAGGAUACUUUGAAUAAGUAAACCCAGUCUUUCUUUGUAAAGAUAGCUGAUAUCUUAUAGUCAUCUAGGCAAAAAUUAUUAUGUGCUAAACAAAAUAGAGAAAAAAAUAAUUCUGAAGCUAGUGGAAGCAUGAAUUAGGUUGAAAAUUAAAAUGUUAAAUAAAGAAGAAUAUCUUGAAUUUUAUAAAAAUGCUUCAUUUUUAUCAGUCCACAUGCUUUCCCUAUUUUCCCCUAAAAAAAGGAAAUUUUUUCUAUUAACGCUUUUUAAAAAUACUCUAUUUGAUAAUUUAGACAUUAUAGAAAUUGCAUCCCCCCACUUCACAUACACAUAUUUUUCUCCUAAAAUAAGUUUCUAAGAUUGAGUAAAUAGUAAAUAUAUUUCUAAGCUUGUAAAGAAAACAUGUAAUGCAAUCUUUGUUCACCUUCAUUUUUAAUCUAACAAAAUAUUUUCAUAUUUCUGGUGAGUAAAAUUAUAAUAUCCUGUGCUGUUUUCUUUGGAAAGCAACCAUGUUAACCAUGAAGAAAUGUUGCAGCCUUACAGAAUAGUGCUGCUGGUUUUAACUGACACACCACUAAAAAUAUGUCAGCACACUGUUCAAUUGGUUUUCAAUUAGUAUUAAUCUAAUGACAAAAAAAGCAACAUGUUAGUAAUUAUUUUGGUUGUGUGCCAUUAGUAAAUUGAUAGAAAAAUUAAGGAAAUUAACAUAAUUUCAUUUCAUUGCUUUAUAUCAACAUCUUAUAAUACAAUAGUUUAAGACUAAAGGAAACAGAUGGAGCUGUUUAUUGAGACAACUGGUGAGAAAUUAUCAUGUGUUCAUUCCUAUUUUAGAGCAUAAAACUCCUACAUUAGAAUAUAUAAAGUCACUUUAAAUAUUAUCUAUAUUUGCAACAGAAGUAGUGUACAGAUAUUUUAUUACAGCACUUUUGUGUAAAUGCAGAAUCAAAGUGAAUAAAGAAGAAAUUUCAUGCUGCACAAAUAAAGAAACAGGCAUUUUUUUAUUCUUUUUACUGGGGAAAAACUUUAUUAUAUUUUCAAGAUUUACAGUUUAAAAUUGGUUUUCAGUAUGUCUCACUGAACAUAUGGUAUCCAUAGUUACAGCUGAGAAACUUUGGAUAACAUAAUUAUGAAAAGCUCAAUAUUGUUUAAGUCCAGAAUUUUUACUAAUAGCAAAGACUUAUACAUGCUUCAUGGAACAUAAAAAGAUAAACAACUUUGUUGAAAGAAUAUUCACCUGUAUAUAUUUAUCUGAGAUUCUUUUACUGCAAUAAUAUUAUAAGUUGUUUUCAAGAACUAAAGUGUGUUAGAUGACAAAAAUUUAUAAUGGAAAUUGUUUUUAUUAAUAAAAAUUAAAAGUCUGACUUGAACACUGAGCAAGGAACUGGGAAACCUUGUUCUGCCA